ACCAGUACACAACUCCAGAAAAUGGCCAGCUCCACCGCAGCCAUUUCCCUCCUCCUCCUCCUCCUCCUUCUGGCCGCCGCUACCGCCGAUCCCGCUAGAGGCGUGGUGGGCGGCCGGACGGACAUCAAGAACGUGGGCAGGAACACAUUCGUGCAGUCCCUGGGCCGGUUCGCGGUGGCCGAGCACAACCGCCUCGUCCGCGGGGUCGGCCCGGCCACAGCCCAGCUCAAGUUCGUCGCCGUGGAGGCGGCGCAGAAGCAGAUCGUCUCCGGGGUGAAGUACUACCUCAAGGUCAUCGCCAGGGCCCGCGCUGCAGGCAACGCGCCGUUCGACGCCGUGGUGGUCGUCAAGUCGGGGCUCAAGAAGAAGAAGACAAAGGAACUCCUCUCCUUCACGCCUUCUCCCAAAUAACAAAGCUAGCUCCGCUGGUUACGUCCGUGCGCAUAGCUGUACUGCUUUUACUUCGAACGUGUUGGUUUCGUGUGCUCUUUCUUGUUGCUCCUUCUUUCGGUUCCCUGGGACGAUUUGCUACAAUAUGAAUAAACAUGCUUCCAUCAAAUAUGCAUGCAU